CAUGGUGCCUCUGCGCAUGCCCGCAACAUCAUCGAAGGUAAACAAAAAAGGAAAGCGCGCACCCGGCUACAGUCCUGCCUAAACAUUAAACACUGCUCUCCUAUCGGCCUUUCUGCUCGAUCAAAACAUGGAUGGGAUAUUUUCAUGUCGAGCAAGUAUUUAUUAUGACCAAGGCGGUAGGAAAUACAUGGAGGACUUAGUGACGAUGAAGCAGGACGAUGAGCCGAGGGAAGAUGAACUGGACGCCGCCGAACGUGGCGAGAUCACGGCACCAGCAAAAGACCAAAACUCCGACGCUUCAAUCCAAAACUCCAUCCCCGGAUCUAUCACUGUUACUUAUGUUCAAGAUGAUGAGCCUAGCUCUACUCUUCAGCAGGCGUCGAUGCACUCCUCUCACCCGUACAAAAACACUCGUCGGCCGCGGGCUGUGGCUAUGUUCGCCGUGUUCGACGGACACGGGGGUCCGGACGCCGCGCGCUUUGCUCGCCGCCAUUUGUGGGACCACAUCAAAAAACAAAGAGGCUUUUGGUCUGAGGACGACGACGAGGUGUGCGCGGCUCUGCGAAACGGAUUCAUCUCUUGUCACCACGCCAUGUGGAAGAAAUUACCGGAAUGGCCAAAGACGGUUACAGGACUUCCCAGCACAUCGGGCACAACUGCAAGUAUUGUGGUAAUACGACGUGACCGUAUAAUGGCCCAUGUUGGGGACUCAGCGGUGGUGUUAGGGGUGCGGGAUCACCCCACUGACGAGUUCAUCCGAGCUGUAGAAAUUACACAGGACCACAAACCUGACCUCCCGAAGGAAAGGGAGAGAAUAGAGGGGCUCGGUGGCAGUGUCAUUAAAAAGUCUGGAGUCAAUAGAGUGGUGUGGAAGAGACCCAGACUGACCCACAAUGGACCAGUACGAAGGAGCACAGUCAUCGAUCAGAUCCCAUUUUUGGCUGUGGCCCGAGCUCUAGGUGAUCUGUGGAGUUACGACUUCUACAGUGGAGAGUUUGUAGUGUCACCAGAGCCUGAUACCACUGUUAUCAAGCUGGAUUUGAAGCAGCACCGUUACAUCAUUUUAGGCAGUGAUGGGUUAUGGGACAUGGUAUCACCACAGGAGGCUGUGUCUAUUUGCCAGGAAAAUGCCAAGCCAAAGAACCAAAAGGAUAAUGUUUCAAAUGCUGUUCUGCUCGUGAGCCAUGCCUUACUGAGAUGGCGUCAACGCAUGCUCCGUGCUGAUAAUACUAGUGCCAUUGUUAUCUGUUUGGAGCCAUUCAGGACAUCCUCUGAGUGCUUGCCACCUUACGAGACUGUGUAUAAUCUACAAGGACCAAAGUGUGGCUCCGUUCCUAAAUCUUGCACUAACUCUUUGCCCACUCAGGGUCCUGGCACUCAAGUACAGCCCAUCCCGGACCAGCAAAACAGCAGCUGUGAGACGAGCAUGAUAUUUGAAUCAUCUCCCGAUAGCCUUACAAACUAUGAAGACCUGCCUUGUAAUGACUCACUGGAAAAUGAGGCCCACUGUGACAGAGUGCCUACAGGCAAACGGGUGCUAGAGGAUUCCUCCUCACCUGUGCUGAAGAAACCCCGUUGUAAUUUGUCCCAUUCCCCUCUUAAAGAGUCCUCAUGUACAUCUUCAAAGAAACAGAGCACACAGUCCUCAGCGAGGAGCGGUGGUGGCGGCAAUGGUCAGAAACAGUCUGAAAAUGUCCAAGCGCUGCUUCAACAACAUGGGAAGGCUACUGUAUGUGUUUGCUGACAUUCAUGGUUCUACAAA